UACACAUAUUUGGUUUCGCAGCAAACAGGCAUCAAAAAAAUUGAAAUUGUUUCUCGAUUUUGCUUUAUUGAAAUUAAGUGAAGAAAGAAAGAACGAUGGCAUCAGAUGCAUCGGUAARCAUGCAAAAAUGGGGCAUCCCAGAAGACGAGACGGUCUCUGCGGAAGUUACACUUCUGGAGAGACUCGUUUGGGUUCCAUACAGAGAUCAAUGGUGGCCGGCUCUUCUCUAYUCUGGUUAUAGAGAACUUCAUGCGCAUCUUUUCAAUGAAUUGGACACAGUGUUGAAGGCCCAGUUUGCCGUUGCAAUCAUGCGCGARAUGAACGAACCCCAGAAAAUAAGGGUUGCUCGGCUUCUCGGACGCGAAAUUUUGGAAGUGGUAGAAGUGGACGACCAACAGUAUGCAGAAUUCUAUUGGCACCUUCCAAAAGUGUUGCCGAUGGCAUGCCAAAGGUCCMGAUAUGGAAGUGACAUAAAACUCUACCUUGAUUUCCAUAGCGCCCUUGAUCAAGUUGAGGAACUUAUUAGGGAUAUUUCGGAGCGAUCGUUCAACCUUUUCCCUGGUGAGGAGAAGAAGACAUGGGUAGAACGUGCCUUUGAAACUCUGACGGCUUCCGAGCGUUUGUCGYAUACGACAACGCAGACYUCGUCUAGAAGGACCACGAGAGAUAUUUUUGAAAGCAACGCRAAGACCAUGGCACGAAUCAAGAAAGAAGCCAAUCAAMAACUCUUGCGGAAGAAGAAAGCUGACGAUGAAGAAGACGCUAACUUUCUGUUCAGUGCCCUCGAUGGAAUGAUGGAAAAUCUCAACAAAACCUACGAUUGCGUCUCGGGAGAUACUGCUCAGAAGAUAAUUGAAACUUCCGUYAAGGCCAAGCCGAAAUCUGCAUCCUCAGUCAAUGCUUAUUCUCAAACCAUAGCCAAGCAAAAGGAAACCAGGGAUGCACUUCGUAAGGUCAUCGCAAAGCAACGUGAGAUUCGGCACUCUGGAAAUUCCGUUAGUAGCUCAAAUCAUGUUCAAUACGAUGACCGCAAUACAUCACACGAUAUAAAGAGAAGUUCUUCCUCCGUUGAAGUACUUCCUGGUUUGGAAGCGGAUGAUAUCAUUCCCGGUAUUGGAGAGAGAGGUAUUUUGUCAUUCUUGAAUUCUAAGGAUGAAGAUGAAACCAAAUAUGUUCCCGAUCGACCUCGUGCUCGAUCGCAUCACGAAUGGUACGGGUCAUCACGUGRACCCGAGACGAUGGAAUUCGUGACUUCUAAGACAAGAAAAGCUGUUAACCUCGACAGAGCUCAAGGUCACACUUUUGUUCCUCGCCAGCAGUCAAUGGAUGCUCGAGAGGAUGACCAAUUUGAUGAGAGGCAAGCAAUCAUGGCMGCAGCAAGAGCAGCUGCAACUGUUGAGUUAGAUAUCUCGUUUUGGGACCAUCUGUUAUGCAAUGCAACAGAUUUCUAGUUUACAUCUACAACAGUUUGUCGACAAAACAUUAACGAUAACUCAUUCUGUGACCGAGUCAAUGGGAAGUGGUACAAAGUAUAGAAAUAAAACAACUGCAUUCAU